AUGGGUUUCACUGACUUUAUCUCUGAGGCUGGCCUUACCCUUGCCAACACCUACUUUGCUUCUCGGAGCUACGUUGUUGGCCACGCUCCUUCCCAGGCCGAUGUUGUAACCUUCAAGGCUUUCUCCAGCGCCCCUGACGCUGAGAAGUACCCUAACGUUGCUCGCUGGUACAAGCACGUCGCUUCUUACGAGGCCGAGUUCUCCAGCCUCCCUGGUGAUGCCUCUAAGGCUUACACUACCUACGGCCCUGAGGCCACUGAGCUCCCUGUCAACCCCAAGCCCGCCGCUGAGGAAGAUGACGACAUGGAUCUCUUCGGCAGUGACGAGGAGGAGGAAGAUCCUGAGGUUGUGAAGGCGCGUGAGGCUCGUCUUGCUGAGUACAGGAAGAAGAAGGAGGCUAAGCCCAAGCCUGCUGCUAAGUCCAUUGUCACCCUUGAGGUCAAGCCUUGGGAUGAUGAGACCAACCUCCAGGAGAUGGAGGCUAACGUCCGUGCCAUUGAGAAGGACGGCCUCGUUUGGGGUGCUUCCAAGUUUGUUGCUGUUGGUUUCGGUAUUAAGAAGCUCCAGAUCAACCUUGUCGUUGAAGAUGAGAAGAUCUCUCUCGAUGAGCUCCAGCAGGAGAUUGAGGAGGAUGAGGACCACGUCCAGUCCACUGAUAUCGCUGCUAUGCAGAAGCUGUAA